UUCCGCCAUUAAUGUGAACAAUGACGAAUGUGGAGAUCUCGAAGCAUCGUGUCUGACUUGAUUGCUUGGAUCAAUCUCUGCCUUUUCCACGGCCCUUUAAACAGUUCAUGUGGUCUUCUGAAUAGUGAUUAUGGCAAAAGUUCACAUCAUCGAUGUGACAAUUGGCCAAAAUCCGUCUUCGUUCUGCAGUGACUUUGAAUUUCAGAUUACUUUCGACUGCACUGAGGAACUUAACGAAGAUCUAGAGUGGAAGCUUAUUUAUGUUGGAUCGGCUGAGAGUGAUACUUACGAUCAAGUGUUAGACUCUGUGUUAGUUGGACCUGUCCCGAUCGGAAGACACACUUUUGUUUUUCAGGCAAAAUAUCCAGAUCCUAGUCAAAUCCCAGAUGAAGAUUUGGUUGGUGUAACUGUGAUCCUUUUAACUUGCUCAUACAAAGACAGAGAGUUUGUACGUGUAGGUUACUAUGUAAACAAUGAGUACAUUGAGGAAGAAAUGAGAGAGAAUCCUCCCACAAGGCCUGUCAUAGAAAAGCUCCAAAGAAAUAUACUUCAUUCAAAGCCACGAGUAACAAGAUUUAAGAUUGACUGGAAUGAUUAACUAAAGAAAGCAUGCUUUCACAUUUGUUACAAAAUUAUACAGCUGUAUUGUGUUAUGGAUUGCUUAAUGACCAUGAGAUUAGAUGUUAGAUUUUAGCAGGAACAAAAGGCUGGUUGAAAACUUAAAUAUUGAAUUCUAAGAGUGUUAUCCUCUAUGCAAACACAUGUGCAGCAGCUUAGUACAUAUUUUUAUUAUUUCUGUUCUGAAUUAUCAUUUCAAUGUUAGAAAAAAAACAGCAUCCUUUAGAAUAAUAAGGAGGUGUUGCAUUUUCUCAGCACAAAAUGAGCUGCGUUUUUCAUUUGAUAUGAACGUUAUAGUCAGCUCUUUAAGAAAAUAAUGUGGAACAUCCAUCCCAAUGCAAACUCUAAAUUAUUUACUUAAAUGGAGACACUUAUCUUCCUUCUUAAGGUACACUGUACAACUAAACCUGAAUCUUUGUAUUGAAUAGGAAGGGGAUAUAAAGUUGCCUGUAUGAUAAGAAAAAGUGAAAAUUUUCAAGCAUCAUGACUACACAUCCCUGUGUUACACUAUAACUCUGUUAAAGCACUUCUUGUUACACAAAAUCCUGCCAACUCCCCUGUAGAUGCUUCUUUGGCUAUACUCUCAAAUGGUUAGAAAAAGUACACAACUAUAAUAUAACGAUCACAGCUUUCAAUGCAGAAUUUGAAUCUUCACUGAUUUUCCACCAUAUUGGCUCAGUAACAUUUGUCAUGCAUACUUCAGCAUAGAAAAAAUAAAUAAAUAAAUAAACCAGUUAACACAAAUGAUCGGUGUAUAGCGUUACUUUCAAUACACAGGUUAUGUAAAAGCCUUGAGUCUCUAAGAUGUAAGAAUAGUUUUUGGAAACCAUCUUCCAUUUGCCUUUCCUCUAAAUAAACCAGCUUGUUCAGGGGCAUAACACAAACCCUCCGCCGAAUCAAGAACCAGUGCCUUUCGUAACAUACUCCAGACCACUAACCGUCAAUCAAAAGUUAAGCUUUUCUUGUAGUACCCAGUUAUAAUGGUCUCCUUCAAAGGGUUGUUGAUUGACGGUGAACAUAGAAAUAUCAAGGAACAAGACACUUCGUGCUGAUUUGUAGAACUGAGUUAGAAUUUUCCCGGAUGCAUGAACAUUUUGGGUAUCUUUCGGCGGGGUAAGUGUUGUGCUUCCCAUGUAAAAAAAAUUGUACUGCAGCAUGGAUUGUAUUGUAUUAUUGAACACUUUAUUAAUUGGAGAUGUACAAAACAUGGAUGUUUAGCAAUAA